AUGUAUAUAAAAAGGGUUAUAAUCCAAGGAUUUCGCAGUUAUCGAGACCAGACAUGUCCAGAAGAUUUUAGUCCUCAUCACAAUAUCGUGGUUGGUCGAAAUGGAUCGGGAAAAUCUAACUUUUUCCAAGCUAUUCAGUUUGUAUUAUCGGAUGAGUACAGCCACUUAAAUAACCAAGAAAGGCAAAAUCUGUUGCAUGAGGGUACGGGACCCAGAGUGAUUUCUGCUUAUGUGGAAAUCAUUUUUGAUAAUAGUGACGGACGUAUUCCAUCUGAAAAACAUGAAGUUUCUCUACGGCGAAUUAUUGGCAGCAAAAAGGAUCAGUUCUUUCUUGACAAGAAGAUUGUGACCAAAACUGAGGUGAUGAAUAUGUUCGAAAGCGCUGGAUUCUCUCGAAGUAAUCCCUACUAUAUUGUAAAGCAGGGAAAGAUAACGCAGCUUGCUACAGCUCCAGAUAGUCACCGCCUAAAACUUCUACGUGAAGUCGCCGGUACUCGGGUAUAUGAUGAAAGAAAAAAGGAGAGUAAACAGAUUUUUCGUGAAUCAGAAGCAAAGCGUGAACAAAUUUCGAAACUAUUAGAAAGUAUUGAGGAGCGUUUGGGUACCUUGGAGAAUGAAACGAAGGAGCUGAAGGAGUACCAACGUUGGGACCGAGACCGCCGUGCUCUUGAAUACACAAUAUACGACCGCGAGCUGAAGGAAACACGCCGAAAACUAGAAGAGCUACAGUCACGUCGUGAGCAAAGUAGUGAAAGCACAGCUGAAAUACGUCGCGUAGCCAAGGAAACAGCAGCUCAAAUUGAGCGACUUGAGCGGGAGUUGCGCGACACGCGUUUAAAGGAAGCACAGUUGCAAGAUGAGGCGGAACAGGUGCAGCAUUCUGUCAGCGGCAUUCUUCAACGUCGUGAACAGCUCGAAUUAACUUGUGCUGACUACUCUGCGACACUUCGCAGUGGUAAAUCAGCUCGUGAGCGGGCUGCAGAAGAGUUGGCUCGAGUUAAUGCACAGAUUGCUGUCGUUGAACAACGUCUGACAGAAUUAAAACCCGAGUACAAGGCUGCUCGGCAACAAGAGGACAAUCUUGCCAACGCCCUUUCGGAUGCAGAACAUCGCAGGAAAGAGCUGUUUGCCAAACAAGGACGUCUUAAUCAGUUUCGCUCUCGUGUUCAGCGGGAUGAGUGGAUAAAGAAUCAGAUGAAAAGUCAGAGCAAGGCAAUCAAGGACAAAGAGAACACGAUCGCGAAACUGACAGAGGAGAUAAAGAAGGACGACGAAAGGUGUGCCAAACUCCAAAGAGACCUAGAAUCGGCCGAAGAGAACCUAAACACUGUUCGUGCUGAACUUGAAGUGGUUUUUGAAGACUCGCGUCGUCUACGGAGGGAAAAAGAGGAAACUCAUGCUGAUCGUCAGACAGUCUAUAGGGAGGAGACCAGAAUCGCACAGGAAUUGAACAAUUUGCGCGACGAGCUCGCUCGCACCGAGCACAGUCUUCGAUCGAUUACCGGCAAGGUUAUUCUCAACGGCCUCGACUCGGUUCGCAAGGUGAUAGAAAUAUUCCGUGAUCGGUUCGGUCCCGAGUGCGAGAUCGUUCAGGGUUACUACGGCACACUGAUUGAACUUCUUGAGUGUCCAGAAGACUUUUACACUUGUGUUGAGGUGACGGCCGGUUCGCGUUUAUUUUACCACGUGGUACAGUCGGACAAACACGUAAUCAAAAUUAUCAAAGAGAUCAAUAAGCACAAUCUACCCGGUGAGGUGCACUUCCUUCCAAUCAACAAGCUGUACGUGAAGGAGUCACACUAUCCAGAGGUGGAGGGAGCUAUCCCCAUGAUUUCCAGGCUCAAAUUCGACGAAAAAUUUCGUCCUGUCAUCGUGCACAUCUUCGGCAAGACUCUCAUCUGCAGCAGCCUCGAAGUGGCCACGCAGUUGGCUCGGCGGCAAAACUUUGACUGCAUCACCCUCGACGGUGAUCAGGCCUCAAGAAAGGGCACACUGACUGGUGGUUACUAUGACAACCGCAAGUCCCGUCUGGAACUGCAGCGAAGGAAGCAAAAGACGGAAAUGGAGAUCCAGGAGACCGAGAAUGUUAGGGAAAAUAAUGCCAAAAGAAAGGAACAGGUGGAUGCCCAAAUUAACCGCAUUAUCGACGAGGCACAGCGAAAAGAAACGGUCCAGAACAAACUCGAGUUGACCCGCGACCAGCUCAAGAAGGACAUCCACUUGUGGAAGGAGGAGCUCCGUUCGAAGACCGAGGCCCGACCUCAAAAGGAAUGGAAGCUUUCGUCUCUGAGACAUGAUCUGGAACAAAUGAAAUUCACCAUGGAAUCCUAUAAGGCGGAAUUGGGGACGGAUCUACUGAGUCAGCUGUCUGCUCUAGAACAAACGGAAGUAGAUCGGUUGAAUGAUAAAAUCCAGGCUUUGACUCGUGAAGCCAAGGAGGCGUACAAGCAGCGUAUGAAGCUGGAAACGGAGAAGACAGAAAAGGAGACUCAGCUGGAGCAUAAUCUCUUUCGCAAACGCGAGCAACUGGAAAGUGAACUUGCGGAGGCGGACAAUCGUAUUGAGGCGGAGAAACGCACAGUCGAUGAAGUGGAGAGUCGUCUAGCCGCGCUGAUGCAUGACCAGCGUAGGCUCGAGAGCGAGUUGGAGGCAAAGCGAUCGGAGGAAAAGGAGUUUGCUGAGCGAAUUCAGGACGAUCAACAGAGCCUGGAAAAAAUGCAGUCGAAGCAAAGUCAACUGUUUAAGAAGAAGGAGGAGAAUAUGAAGAAGAUUCGUGACCUCGGCUCACUCCCAGCCGAAGCCUUCGAUAAGUUCCAGGACAAGAGUAUUAAACAGCUAUUCAAACUCUUGGACAAGGCGAAUCGCGAGUUGAAGCGAUACAGUCACGUGAAUAAGAAGGCAUUGGACCAAUUCGUCAGCCAUUCAGAGGAAAAGGAGAAGCUGUUGAAGAGGAAAGAGGAGUUAGACGAGGCCCACCAGGCCAUUAUCGAUCUCAUGAACGCCCUGGACCACCAAAAAUAUGAAGCCAUCACUCUCACCUUUAAGCAGGUGUCGAAGAACUUCCAGGACAUCUUCAAACGACUGGUACCAGAGGGUCGCGCCGAACUGGUCAUGCAUCGUGGCAAAACGGUCGAUGGUGAUGAUGGCAGUGACGACGAAGUUCCAGCACCCUCGGCGCCUGUUCCUGAUGUUGAGCUCUUCACGGGUGUUGGGAUCCGUGUCUCCUUCACCGGUGAAUCGGCAGACAUGCGGGAUAUGAAUCAGCUCUCAGGAGGCCAGAAGUCCCUGGUGGCCCUGACUCUCAUCUUUGCUAUUCAGAAGUGCGACCCGGCGCCGUUCUACCUCUUUGAUGAGAUUGAUGCUGCACUCGAUGCGCAGUACCGCGCCGCUGUCGCUGACAUGAUUCGAGAUCUCAAGUCGGAUGCACAAUUCAUCACCACGACGUUCCGUCCCGAGCUUCUGGAAUCUGCUGAAAAGUAUUACGGCGUUAAAUUCCGUAACAAGGUUUCCCAUAUUGAAUGCGUGACAAAGGAGGAAGCAUUAGAUUUUGUUGAGGACGACCAAACCCACGGUUGA